GUAAAUGUUGGAUGCAUUUCUUAUUUUUUCUUUUAAUCAGCAAUCCCAAAAAGCCAUUUUGUUCUUUUAAUCUCAAAAUCAAAAAAUCUGGUUUGGAUUUUUUUUUUUUUCGUACCAGCAUCCAUGGUGAACGAGAUGGUUACAGAUAAAGGAGAAAAUGAGCACGACAUUGUGAUAGUUGGUGCCGGGAUUGGCGGCCUUGCUACUGCACUUGCACUUCACAGGAAAGGGUUCAAAGAUGUGGUGGUUUAUGAAAGUUCUGAGAGUCUGCGAGUUGAGGGAACCGCGAUACGGAUAAAUAUGAACGGAUGGCGGGCACUUGAUCAACUUGGUCUUGGACCUCAGCUAAGGGACAAAGCUAUUCUUAUUCAUGGAGAAGAAGAUGUAUGGAUUGACCAAGGAAGGAGAGUAAAUUUGCCAAUGUAAGUUCAUGUUUUCCUUCUUUAACUAUUAUUAUAAGGUCAAUUGACUGCUAAAAGAUAGCUAGUUAAAAGAAACCUUGGUUACACAUCAUCAGGUUUGAAGUAAAGAUAUGAUCUUGGUUUUGCAUUUCAAAUUUAGUAAGUACCAUUGAAGAGUUGAUAAGUAAAUAUAGUGAUGUAAUGUACAACUUAAUCUCCAAAAAAGGUAAUCUCUUGAGGCUAUGUUUAAUUAGACUUGUUAGGCAUACUCCACAUAGUAGUCGUGAAAGGUGAAUUUCACUUUUGUAUAAGUAUCCAUACCCAUCCAAUGCCUGUUGGCAGAAAUGGUGAAGUUCGUUGUUUGAAAAGGAGAGACGUGAUAGAUGCUCUUGCUGAUGCUCUACCGCCUAAAACCAUACGAUUUGGAUGCAAAGCGAUCUCUGUGGAGGAGGAUCCUCAAAGUAUGUCCCCUCUCCUUCAACUUACCGAUGCCAGGGUUGUUCGAGCUAAGGUUCUGAUCGGAUGUGAUGGCUUAUAUUCCAAAGUGGCAAAUUACCUUGGAUUGAGACCUACAUCAGUAUCAGCUGUUGGUAGUGUCAGAGGCCUGACUAACUACCCAAAGGGUCAUUGCUUUCCUUCUGCAUCAAUCCGAAUGAAGAGAGAUCACGGUGUCGCCAAUCUGGUUGGACGAAUUCCAAUCAAUGAUAAGUUGGUGUAUUGGUUUGUUGGUAUUAAAAUGUCUCAGCUAGAUGGCAAAUAUCCAAACGAUCCAGAGCUUGUCAAACAGGAAACCCUGAAACACGUAACCGGUUUUCCAGCUCAUGCAAUAGAGAUGAUCGCAAAAAGUAAUGUAGGCUCGGUUUCAUUUGCACACUUGAGAUAUCGCCUUCAAUGGGAGAUAAUGAUGGGAAAGUUUUACAAAGGAUCAGUUACUGUACUGGGGGAUGCAAUGCAUGCAAUGGGUCCAUUUUUGGGACAGGGCGGUUCAGCAACCUUAGAAGAUGCAGUGGUUUUUGCUAGGAAUAUGGGACAAAAGAUUCUUUAUUCUGGUCAAUCUGAUGAAGGGGGGCAACAAAUUAUGAACCCGGAAAGGAUUGAAGAAGCGUUUGAUCAAUAUGUCAAAGAGCGAAGGAACAGAAUCAUACGAUUAUCAUUACAAGCGCACCUGAUUGGUGUGAUUCUGGGAAGCACAUCAUCCGUGGCCAAAUUUAUCGCAGUUUUCAUAUUGCUCACCGUGUUUAGAGAUCAAAGUGCGCAUUCUAAAUAUGAUUGUGGCAAACUCUGAAGAAACUAUCAAGAAAACAUAACUACAAUGUCCAUGUGUAACAUGGCAUGGAUAUCUAUCUUCAAUUUCAGAUAUCUACUAGUAAUCCUGCAGAUUUGUAUCGUACUGUUGAAAUGCUCGGGAGCAGCCUGGACUUUGAUUGUGUUAGAAUAUGCAAUAAUGUAAACGAGCUCAGUAGAGUUCAAAACAUUAAUAAGAUUGAUAAUUAAGUCAAUAUUAUCUUUAUACUUGUACAACUUCUCUUGGCUCCAAUGAUGCUGGUGC